AUGAGUGACGAUAUUGAAUUUCUUUACAACACACACCAAAACGACGAUGAUUUUGAUCAAACAUUUUAUUCGCGGUUGGAAGCAAUUUUUGCCCAUGAUAUAAAUGAAUAUCAUAAGAGGAUCGGAGAAGAUUUGGAGCCAAUAUUUAUGUCUGGUGAUGAAGGUGAUGAACAAUACAUCCCAUGUGAAGAUGAAGCAUCCGAUAUUGAAAAUGAUCUCUUAGUCGAACCAAACGAAAUGAUUGACAGCGAUGAUGAUGUUGAUGACGAUUUUACCGAGGAAAUUCAGCUGGAAACAGUAAGUGAAAGCUUUUUUUAUGGGAAAGACGGUACAAAAUGGCAUAAAAGUGAACCAAACUCAGCUAUCAGCCGUAUUCGACAACACAAUGUUAUGCGUUUUCGUUCAGGGCCGAAGGAAGAAAAUUCCAUUCCAAUUGAAGUGUUCAAAAAAUUUUUUACGCCAAACAUUGUGUUUAUCAUUAUCUCACAAACAAAUCGAUACGGAAAAGAUGCCGUUAAAAAAUGGAAUGAGGAAAAUACUAAUAAAAAGCCAAGAAUUUGGGUCGAUAUAACUGAAAUAGAGUUAGACGCGUUUAUUGGAAUCCUUUUGGCGGCUGGUUACACGCAUAAUAACAUGCAAAAGGCAAGCACUCUUUGGGAAACAGGAUGCCUUCCAAUAUUCCGAGCUGCAAUGUCAUUCAAUCGAUUUGCUUUAUUGGCACGAUAUAUUCGUUUCGAUGAUGGCCGUACACGCGCAUUUCGUCAACAAACCGACAAAGCCGCUCCUAUUCGCGAUAUUUGGAAUAUUUUCAACGAAAACCUCGCCAAAAACUACAGCCCGCACGAAAAUAUUACAAUUGAUGAACAGCUGUUUGCUUUUCGCGGCAAAACUAAAUUUACGCAAUAUAUACCAUCCAAACCAGCAAAAUAUGGCAUCAAAAUUUGGUGGGCUUGCGAUUCGAAAACACAUUAUCCAUUGCAAGGAAAAUUGUACACAGGACGAGAAGAAGGAGCACCACGGGAAAUAAAUCAAGGCGAAAAUGUUUUGCUACAGCUUGCAAAUAAAUACAGUAAUAGCGGUCGUACCAUUGUUGCUGAUAAUUUUUUUACCACAUUGGAUGCAUGCAAACGUUUGGCUACGAUUGGGCUCGGAUUUCUAUGUGCCGAAAAAGAAUAA